CUUCCUGCCCGCCGCCGUCCUGAAGAAGCACGGAAGGUGCCUCCGCAGUCCCACCAGGACCCCUGUACAAAUGCUUUAGGUCACAGGUGAGAUGGCAGGCGCUGGGCAGCGCAAAGGCAAGAAGGACGACAAUGGCAUCGGCACGGCCAUCGACUUCGUGCUGUCCAACGCCCGGCUCGUGCUGGGCGUGGGUGGAGCGGCGAUGCUGGGCAUUGCCACGCUGGCCGUCAAACGGAUGUACGACCGGGCUAUCAGUGCUCCCAGCAGCCCCACUCGCUUGAGCCAGUCAGGGAAGAGGAGCUGGGAAGAGCCCAACUGGCUGGGGUCCUCCUCGCGCUUGCUGACCCAGGACAUGAAGACUAACCUCAGCCGCUCCCUGCAGACCCUUCCCACCGAUCCUUCGGCCGCUGACACAGACUUCUUCCGACCCACGAAGCCCAAGCCAUCUGCCAAGAGGAGUCAGGUGGAGCUGAAAAAAUCCCGCCUUCGCCUGUCUCUGCAAGAAAAGCUCUUUGCCUAUUACCGGAGGAAGGUAGCUAUCCCAGCGGACGAGCAGGCCCGGGCCAAGCAAGCAGCCGUGGACAUCUGUGCUGAGCUGCGCAGCUUCCUACGUGCCAAGCUGCCGGACAUGCCCCUGCGUGACAUGUACCUCAGCGGCAGCCUGUAUGACGACCUGCAGGUAGUGACAGCUGACCACAUCCAGCUCAUUGUCCCUCUCAUGCUGGAGCAGAACCUAUGGUCGUGCAUCCCCGGGGAGGACACUAUCAUGAACAUUCCUGGCUUCUACCUGGUGCGUCGGGAAAACCCGGAGUACUUUCCCCGUGGGAGCAGCUACUGGGACCGCUGUGUGGUGGGAGGUUACCUUUCCCCCAAAGCUGUAGCAGAGACAUUUGAGAAAGUUGUAGCUGGCUCUAUCAACUGGCCAGCAAUCGGGACUCUCUUGGAUUACGUGAUCCGUCCCGCGGCUCCCCCGGCAGACUUGACGCUGGAAGUCCAGUACGAUCCCGAGCGGCACCUUUUUAUUGACUUCCUACCGUCCCUGACGCUGGGCGACAUCAUCCUUGUGGCCAAACCCCAUCGGCUGGCCCAGAAUGACAACCUGUGGCGACUGAGCCUGCGGCCAGCAGAAACAGCUCGCCUCCGGGCCCUGGACCAGUGCGAUUCUGGCUGCCGUUGCUUGUGCCUGAAGAUCUUCAAAGCGGUCUGCAAGUCGAACCCAGCCCUGGGUCACCUCACCGCCAGCCAGCUCACCAACGUCAUCCUGCACCUGUCCCAGGAGGAGUCCGACUGGUCCCAGGACGUGCUGGCUGAUCGCUUCUUGCAGGCGCUGAAGGGGCUGAUCCGCUACUUGGAGGCGGGCGUCCUCCCCAGCGCCCUGAACCCCAAGGUGAACUUGUUUUCGGAGCUCACCCCAGAAGAAGUGGAUGAAUUGGGCUACACCCUCUACAGCUCUCUCUCAGAGCCAGAGGUCUUGCUGCAGACGUAACGGGGCCUUACCUGGGGAAACACUGCUAGGGUUUAGCCAAGGUGGACUUUGAUUACUGCGAAAUAUGUCUCUUCCACUUCUCUCUCUCUCUCUCUGUCUCCUUUUGGUUCGUUAUUAUUUCCUGCUGUGGAGUUGGUGCUCCCGCUGGAUUUCUUGGUGCUACCGGUCCAUUUCCACCAUCUCUGCCCCCCCCAGGUACCCAUUGGCUAGGGAAAAGAGGCUAAAACUGCACCUCGAAGAUCUCUGCGUAAAUUCUGCUGAUGCUCAAGUAUCUACAAAAACAAAAAACCAAACACAGUAACUAUGCACUUCCUUCUCCUGUAGUGUGCUUACUGCAGCGAGUCCAUUCUGGUCUGAAGAAGGUGGAAGUGGGCUGGUGAAUCCAGUGACGUUAGCAGACUUGCACUGAGGUUUCCUUUCCUCCAGUCUGAUUUUGCCCUCACGUCUCUUUCUCUCUGCUGUACCACACUGUCUCACUUUCCUCCACUUUUUGUUUUUUGGUCACUUCGACCCAGUCCUGCAGGGCAGAUGGGAUGAGAUGCUCUGGACAGGGCCGUGUGUUGUGUUUCUGAGGGAAAUAAUGAUUGCACCGGCA